GGUGAUGAGAAAGGUUGGGAGCCAUCCAGGCCUGGUGGAUAAAGAUGAGGGUCAGCGUGGGGAAGGUGAGGAGCAGCUCAAGGUGCAGGCAGAAGAGAGAGCUCCAUGGAGUGAGUGAAUGCACUGAAGAGGACAGAAGUCAAGUCUUUCAGUUUCAGAAAAGAUGUUUAUAAACAUAGAAAAGGAGGGGAAAGCAGCAGCACCAGAUCCAAGAUGGUGGCCAACAGAAGGCUGAUGAAGGAGCUUGAAGAGAUCCGCAAAUGUGGAAUGAAAAACUUCUGUAACAUCCAGGUUGAUGAAGCUAAUUUAUUGACUUGGCAAGGGCUUAUUGUUCCUGACAACCCUCCAUGUGAGAAGGGGGCCUUUGGAAUCGAAAUCAACUUUCCAGCAGAGUACCCAUUCAAACCACUGAAGAGCACAUUUAAAACAAAGAUCUAUCACCCAAACAUUGAUGAAAAAGGACAGGUUUGCCUGACAGUGAUUAGGGCUGAGAACUGGAAGCCAGCGACCAAGACCGAGCAAGUAAUCCAGUCCCUCAUAGCACUGGUGAACGACCCCCAGCCCGAGCAGCCACUCUGGGGUGACCUAGCUGAAGAAUACUCUAAGGACCAUAAAAAAUUCUGUAAGAAUGCUGAAGAGUUUACAAAGAAAUAUGGGGAAAAGCAACCUGUGGACUGAAAUCUUCUACAAAUGAUUCCAGCAAGUGUGAGCAGAGACCUCGAGCAGUGCAUUCAGACACCCCGCAAAGCAGGACUCUGGAAAAUUGACACGUGCCACCACCUGGUGUUCACUUGUGGCAGUUACUAACUUUCUACAGUUUUCUUAAUCAAAAGCAAUCUAGUAACCUGUAAAGAAAGGAUUAAAAAUUUCAGCUAUUCUAAGAAAAAAGAAAAAAGAAAAGG